AUGAAAGGGCAACUCUUGGAUUCACUACAGACUCUGACUGCGCAGGGCACCUUGCAACGAGAUGUGCAGCAUUUUGCAGCUGAAAUGCUUCGUCAAAACUGGCUGUGCUUAUCUCACGAAAGCGGCUGGCUAGUUGCUACUGCGCAGAGAGUGCUUGCCCACUUGAACUCUCUUGGCAGUAACAUGAGGGAUCUUGCGGAGAACCUACACUCUGCUGUUCAGUUUGGGCAUAAGCUGGCCCAAACGCGCGUUGAACAUUACAGACAUGCUGCCAGUGCUUGCCAGGAAGUCACGCGUAACUUGUUGCGGGUGGGUCUGGGCUCGCCCAGCUGCACAGGAUGCAUGGCUGCAAGAGGUGAUAAUGUCAAAUGGUCCACCUUCACGGACUGCAAAACAGGAAUUUUGCAAGCGUUCAGGGGCCUGGACCUUGAUAUGCUUGCCUUGCCAGGGGCGCGGCUGCCUCAAGACUUCAAGCCUCCUGAAAAAUGGGGGCUGCAGUGUGUCUGCCACAGGGGUGCUAACUACGACAGCUGCGCAGUAUUCUGGCGUAGCGAAUUGCGAGGUUUGACUCCUAUCACUGAAGUGGGAGGACCAAGGCGUGUGCACAUCCUGGCGCCCCGUAAGCAGGGGCCUCCACUUGUAAUCUCUGCUGUAUACCUUCCGCCUGAUAAUGCCACCCAUGGGGAUGAAGCAUGGUGCAGUGAACUGAAGUGCCUGUCAGCUGACCUCUGCCUCUUGCAAGAAAAGUUUGGUGUAGGAGAUGGUCAUUUAGAUGUGCUGCUUAUUGGGGACAUGAACAUUCAGCCAAGUGCCUUAGGUGCUGGGCCUGAUCGUAGGCAAGCAAGAGAAGCUGCGUGGAAUGUCUUUACUGCAAAACACAAGCUUGCCAUCGCAAACCCCGGCCUCCAGGGCAGUCAGGCUGUGGAAGUCGAGCUGCCCCUGCGGGGGAAGACAGUGCUUAUCCGACCAGGCGAUACCCACCACCACCCGGCGGGAGGCGCGUCAAGGGCUAUUGACUUGGUCCUAGCUUCUCAGCGCCUUGUUCUCAAUGUCACAAUACACAACUCCUUGCAGUGCUGCAGUGAGUCUCAAUGUACGCUGCCCCUGUGCCAAGAGUACACCAGGGGAGACCAUUUCCUUGUGCAUGCUGAUUUGAGCGAGCUCUUUUUGCUCCCAGAGCGGACUGACAACUCCUGCGUGCCAAACUGGCUCCAUGAUGAAAAACGCUGGCAUGAUGCGUGGAAGGCCUGUGCAACGACACUGGGCUGCUUUGCAGCAACGCUUGAUGCUGUGCUUGGAAACGCCGCAGGCUACAAGUGUUGCCAGUGCCUCCCGCGCCAUGCUGCGGUGUGGUUGGGCAAUGCGGCUGCAUGGGUGCACGCACUCAUAGGUGCUAUCGCGCUGGACGGCUGGGCGGCGGAUGAAAUUCGGCCGCCGCAAUGGCUACUUAGUGGUGAAGAAACUGUGACGGGUGAGUCUGCGCACAAGGAGUGGUGCAGGGCUUUCGUGAACCAGUCUUCCUGGCCCAACGACUGGGCCCUGGACGUCCAUGAGCACAUAACACAUGAAUGCAAAGUGCAGAACCCGCGCUCCUGGUCCAAACGUGGCAAAGGCAGUUUGGACCAGACAGUCACUGCUGUCGAAACUCAACAUGUUCUACAAAACUGGGACCGCUCGCGAGCCACCACACCCGACCUCAUACCUAGGGCAGCCUACACGGUGAUGUCCAAGGCGUGGGGUGAUGUGUGCUUCCUGCUGGUGAAGCUGACAGGACCUGCCUGCCUGGCUCUUAAACCUGACCUCUGGCGCCGCUCUCUCGUGGUUCCAAAACACAAGCAAGGCUUCCUGGCCCUGGCCUCAAAUUGGCGCUUUCUGGAAGUCAGGUCCCAAAUUGCCUUGCUACACGAGUCUGUGUUCAUCAACCGCCUACGUCCUCUUCUCACCAACGCUCUUGUUCCUGGACAAUCGGGCUAUGUGAGGGACGUCUCUGACGCCCACCUUUUGCUCCACGAAGUGGUGACUACGAGGCUGAACAUGGGUCUGCCAACGUUGCCUGUCUUCGGGGACCUUGCCAAAGCCUUCCCGAGGACGUGGAGGGACGAUUUCCUCACUCAAAUAUCUCUCCAGUCGAACCUACAGCAUGGAGGACGCGCUCUCCUGGCUGACAUAUUGGCGUGGGACUCGCCGACCAUGACGCUUGCUGGCUUCUCAAGGCUUAUGAAAACCGAAGGGGUGCCUGAGGGUGGGGUCGUCGGACCCGCUGGCUUCAACACCUGGCUCAACUCCCUGACCCUCUUCUUGCUUGAACAUGGUCACGGCGUGGGCCUGAGCAGCGAAGUGCCUGGAGCGUGGCGUCAUGUACAAUGGUCGUGGUGCGGCGUGCCAGACGAAACUUGGGUUACUGACAUACGCCAAGGGCUCCUUGGCAAAGGGGAGCUCCCCAGUGUGGACCUCAUACAACAGGACGCUUCUUGUAUGGCCUCCUGUCUUAGGGCAAUGGACUUGGGUGCACCCUCCAGACUGGUGCUUGUACUACAUGCUGACGACCCAGUAUUGCUCUCGUCAAGUUCGGGGGCUGCACAAGCUGCUCUGGACUGCAUGGCUAAAUGGGCAUUUUUGCACAAGGCGGCAUUUCACGUAGGCCCUGACAAAACAGUUGCACUGGUUCCUGACUCAGCCGUGGGGCCGGGGCUAGUCAUGAAUAUUCCUGGCAAUCUGCCUUGCGCCAUUCAUGAUAAACAGCGCCAUCGCUGGCUGGGCCUUUUGUGGCCGGCUGACCUGGACUUCCUCCCGUGCCUCUCUGCUCAACUUGGUCAAGCUGGUCAAAUUGUCGCCAACAUUACAGGCCUCAUGGAAUCCGGGGGCUUGCCGCUGUGUUUUGCCCUAAUGCUCUUUGAGGCCAAGGUGGAGGGUCUACUUCGUUUCGGCCGCUGGCUCCUCGCUACUUCUGAAGGCGCUUUGGAUUUGUACGACAAGGCCUUCAACCGCUGGAGCUGUGCCUUGCUCGGCAGCCCGCCCUGGAGGUCACCCGCUGUGGCACAUCUGGAAUUAGGUUGGCAGCUCAUGGGCCGCCACCGUGCUGUUCUUGAUGUGGCAAAGCGAAGGGCAAAGCUGUGGUGCAUGGCAAAUGAGGACAUCUACGCCCAGAUGUUUCGCAGGGCCUUGGCCUGCCCGGAAUCAUGGUCUGCCAAAAGCCUGGAGCUCCUCAAGCAGUAUGACAUCCCGGACUUCCCAGAAGCAGGUUGUUGCUCGCUCGCUGCUUAUGCCAGUCUUGUCCGGUCUCGCCUUUGUUCUGCUGCUGUCUCCUCCCUUGUGCUCUCCUGCGCGUCACACUCCGUGCCGUUCGCCUGGUCGGUCCUCUCGUCGGGUCCCUCCUCGGUUCCUGCCUCCCUGCUGCGCCUGCGCCUCCCCUGGUCUGCUCUUGUGGGUCAUCGCGCCCUCUGUCAACUCCGUGCUGGUACGGUACACCUUUCCCACGUCGAUGGCCACCGCUCGGCUGCCAAGGUAAGGUGUUGCGUGUUCUGCGGGAAGAAGACCUAUGCGCCCUAUAUCCAUGUGUUAGGUGAGUGCUUCGUAAGCCUCUCUCCAGGCCUGCCGGACCCGGGUCCGAACCUUCCGCCAAGGGACCGCGCGCGGUUGCUCUUAAAUGUGCAGGCCUCCAACGCUAUGUUUGCCGAUGUAGCGCAUGUGGCACUGAUGAUUGUGCGUGAGAGCAUGGCAUUCUGGACAAAGAAAAGGCAUGCGUAA